GGAGUUGGAGGCAAUAACUAGUCGUGUUCUAAGGGACGCCACAUAAGAUUUCUGCUGAAUCUGGGGGCAUUUCCACGGCUUUUCCCUCCGUUGAAAGUUUUCCUCCGGCCCAGAUGCUCUUCAAUUCAGUACUCCGCCAGCCCCAGUUUGGCGUCCCGAGAAAUGGAUGGUCUUCACAAUACCCUCUACAGUCCCUUCUUACUGGUUAUCAGUGCAACUAUAAUGAUGAGCACACUUCUUAUGGAGAAACAGGAGCCCCAGUUCCUCCUUUUGGAUGCACCUUCUCUUCCGCUCCCAAUAUGGAGCAUAUACUAGCGGUUGCCAAUGAAGAAGGCUUCGUUAGGUUAUAUAACACAGAAUCACAAACCAGUAGAAAGAAGUGCAUCAAAGAAUGGAUGGCUCAUUGGAAUGCUGUCUUUGACCUGGCCUGGGUCCCUGGUGAACUUAAGCUUGUUACAGCAGCAGGUGAUCAAACAGCCAAAUUUUGGGAUGUAAAAGCUGGUGAGCUGAUUGGAACAUGCAAAGGUCAUCAGUGCAGCCUCAAGUCAGUUGCCUUUUCUAAGUUUGAGAAAGCUGUCUUCUGUACAGGUGGAAGAGAUGGCAACAUUAUGGUCUGGGACACCAGGUGCAACAAAAAAGAUGGAUUUUAUAGGCAAGUAAAUCAAAUCAGUGGAGCUCACAAUACUUUAGACAAGCAAACCCCUUCAAAACCUAAGAAGAAACAGAAUUCAAAAGGGCUUGCUCCUUCUGUGGAUUUCCAGCAGAGUGUUACUGUGGUCCUCUUUCAAGAUGAGAAUACAUUAGUCUCAGCAGGAGCCGUGGAUGGGGUAAUCAAAAUAUGGGAUUUACGUAAGAAUUAUACUGCUUAUCGGCAAGAACCCAUAGCAUCCAAGUCUUUCCUGUACCCAGGUAGCAGCACUCGAAAACUAGGAUACUCAAGUCUGAUUUUGGAUUCUACUGGCUCUACUUUAUUUGCUAACUGCACAGAUGACAACAUCUACAUGUUCAAUAUGACUGGAUUAAAGACUUCUCCAGUGGCUGUCUUCAAUGGACAUCAGAACUCUACCUUUUAUGUUAAGUCCAGUAUUAGUCCAGAUGACCAGUUUUUAGUCAGUGGCUCAAGUGAUGAAGCUGCCUACAUCUGGAAGGUCUCCAUACCCUGGCAUCCUCCUACUGUGCUCCUGGGUCAUUCUCAAGAGGUCACAUCUGUGUGCUGGUGUCCAUCAGACUUCACAAAGAUUGCUACCUGCUCUGAUGACAAUACACUGAAAGUCUGGCGCUUGAAUAGAGACUUAGAAGAGAAAUCAGGAGGAGAUAAACUCUCCAUAGUGGGCUGGGCCUCUCAGAAGAAGAGAGAGGCGAGAGCCGACCUAGUAACAGUGACAAGUAGCCAGAGUACUCCUGCCAAAGCCCCCAGAGUAAAGAGCAGUCCAUGCAUUUCCUCCCCAUCAUCAGCAGCUUGUGCUCCAAGCUGUGCUGGAGACCUCCCUCUUCCUUCAAAUACUGCCACAUUCUCUCUUAAAACCCCUCCUGCCAAGACCCGAUCUCCCAUCAGCAGAAGAGGCUCCAUGUCCUCUGUCUCUCCCAAGCCACCCUCAUCUUUCAAGAUGUCCAUUAGAAACUGGAUGACCCGAACACCUUCCUUAUCACCACCCAUGACUCCACCUGCUUCUGAGACCAAGAUCAUGUCUCCAAGAAAAGCCCUUAUACCUGUGAGCCUGAAAUCAUCCCAAGCAGUGGCUUGCUCUGAGUCUAGAAAUAGAGUAAAGAGGAGGCUAGACUCAAGUUGUCUGGAGAAUGUGAAACAAAAGUGUGUAAAGAGUUGCAACUGUGUGACUGAGCUUGAUGACCCAGUUGAAAAGCUUCAUUUGGAUCUGUGCUGCCUUGCUGGUAACCAGGAAGACCUUGGUAAGGACUCUCUAGGUCCUACCAAACCAAGCAAGAUUGAAGGGACUAGUAUGAGUGUCACAGAGCCUCCUUCUCCUGCCAGUCCUUAUGCUUCAGAAGGCUGUGGAACGCUACCUCUUCCUUUGGGAUCUUGUGGAGAAGGCUCUGAAGUGGUAGGCAAAGAGAAUAGCUCCCCAGAGAAUAAAAACUGGUUAUUGGCCAUGGCAGCCAAACGGAAGGCUGAGAAUUCAUCUCCACGAAGUCCAUCAUCCCAGACCCCCAACCCUAGGAGGCAGAGUGGAAAGACUUCUCCAGGCCCGGUCACCAUUACUCCCAGCUCCAUGCGGAAAAUCUGUACAUAUUUCCAUAGAAAGUCCCAAGAUGGCUACUGUAGUCCAGAACAGUCAACAGAAUUAUAGAUUCUCAUCUGAAGAAAAUCCUUUCAACUCCGAAAUUUACCUAGCCUGGUUCUACUGCCAUGGUGUACGUGCAGCUUCCUCGGAAUGAAUGCUGUGUUUAAAUUUCAUAAAGUAAGUUUGUCACUGUGUAACAUUUUGAAUGAGUAGUCUUUACUUUUUAAAUUAUGCAUCUUCUGUACAAUAAUGACAUCCCAUGUCAUAGAGGCAAAAAAACAAGUGUUGUCUCUCGUUACUCUGAAACUUUCUGGGCACAGUGGAAAGUAUCUGCGGGCCACAGCAGGAGGCCUGUCUGUGAAGGUCAGCUGCUGAAGAGGACCCUGGGUCUCUGCUGCUUCCAACAAAUAUAGUUUCAUAUAAAAUAUAUAUAAUCUUUUCACUACAUUUUUGUGGGGUUUUUUAAGUAUGUGGUAAAAUGUGAUGUUUAGAUAAGCAAGUUUAUAUUGAUUCAGUGUUAAAAUACAAUCUCAAGUUAAAAUCAUCUUUAUUUUAAAAGCAGUGAUAAAUAUCAGCUUGUUGGAGAAACUUGGAGAACACUAGAAAUGUUUGUCUUUUUUCCCCCCAUAUAUAUCUCCCAUAUGAGAUCUAAGGUUCUCAUAUUUUUACCAAGCAAUCUACGAUGUUUCCAACCCAACAUCACGUUCUAGAAGAGGUUAUAGUUUUUGCCAUUUACUGGAGGAAGAUGUUUAUAGAAUCAGUAGUCACUGAAGCUGGAGUUUGAAUUCAGUCUUCAGUUCUCUAGGGGCUGCUACUUUUAAAAAAAAGAAGUCAUCAGAGUUUAAGAAAAAGUAAUGGUUUCUUAUUGAUAUUUUUAUAAAAGUAGGUAGUUCUUAACUGAAAAUCCAGAACCUAAAGAGUAAAUCUUGACUUUAACUUGAUUUUUUGGAUUCCCUUUAUAUACGAAAAAGCAGUGAUCUUCUAGUAGAGCCCUGAGCCAAACGUCAUGGAAUUUUCUCUAGGUAUUUAAUAUAGAGAGUAUACAGACUGACUCUCAGUUAAUAAUGUGCAACAUAUCUUGAGUAUCCCUUACCUUAACAGUUACGUAUCAAUCAUCUUGAAAUGAACCAUUGUUUUAUAUUUUAGCCCUUUGUAACCUCAUAGAAACAAGCUCUGUGUACUUUCUAUGUACUAUGUCCUUGGAAGGGAGUCCCCUUCCAGUCAUGAAACUUGAUUCAUUUUAUCCACAUCCCUGAGGACUGUGUAGACUUUAUUCAUACUUUUGUCAUCAUUUUAAAAUCUAUUCUUAAUGAUAACUCUUUAAUUCCUUUGAUUCUUAUAAAUGAAGGUGUAACAACAAGAACUGCAUGGGUCAGUUAAGCAUGGGUUCUCCUGGUUUUAUCCAAGGAGAAAGGUAAAUAAAGGAAAGCCACAGAAAUGCUAUUUUCAAAACAAAGUAUGCCGUAGCAUUAACUGAAUAUUUAAGAACUCUACUUAUAUUUGAUGUUUGAUUUUUGUGUGUUUGUGGGAAGGUGUUAUUUAUGACCAAUACCUGCCAAUAAUGAAGUCUAUCUUUCUUGAUUUGAAAGCCAGUGGGGAAAAGGAUCCAUGAAAAGGAGAACUAAAGUAGGUGGUUUUCUUCUUUGUAUCCCUGCUCAUCUGACAGUUUCUGCUGAGUAAAAUUGCGGAUAAAUGUGGCUGUCAGAAACUGUGCUGAGAGUCUACUGAGUGUAACAUUCCCACUUGGAAAACUAGUACUUCAAAUGAGUGCCAAAGGUCAAAUGUAAUGAGAUAAUAAUUAUCCCUGCUUGUGUCAGUGUCAGACUUUGAGCUGCUCCUGAAUAA